AUGUUGUUGUUGCUGGCGUCUACCACUUUAGUCGACAAUGAUGAAUUAAAGGCGAUUGUGGAAGCCGAUGAUAUACAAUCUAUGGCUGAAUUUGCAGCAGCAUUGAAUGUUAGCGUCAAAACAAAAUUGGUCCAUUUGCGUCAAAUUGGCAAGAUAAAAAAGCUUGACAAAUGGGUGCCCCACGAACUCAAUGAUCGCCAGUGCAAAGUACGCGUCAAGACCUGCCUUGCACUGAUAAAUAGACACACAAAUGAAGCAAUUUUGAACCGUAUUGUUACCUGCAAUGAGAAAUUAAUUUUGUUUGAUAACUGCAAGCUCUCAGCAAGUUGGUUGGAUCCUGGUUCAGCACCUAAACAAUGCCCUAAACGAAAACAUACCCCUAGAAAAGUGAUGGUCACUGUUUGGUGGUCUAGCGCCGGUGUGCUUCAUCACAGGUUCUUACCAAACGGGGUGAGCAUUACUACAUAUGUGGACUAUGAAGAACUGAACACAAUGAUGGAGAAGUUGGCACAUCUCCAACCAGCGUUGGUCAAUCACUCGUCUUCGCUGCUCCUGCACGUCAACGCGCGACCUCAUGCUGCACAGCAGACAGUCUCCAAGUUGCAAGAACUGGGUUUGGAAGCUGUCCGUCAUCCGCCCUACUCACCAGACCUUGUGCCUACAGACUACUACUUUUUCCAGAAUUUGGAUAACUUUUUGGCGGGAAAAAAAUUUAAUACCCGAGAGGCAGUACAAAAUGCCUUUUGA